AUGCUGAAUGCGAGACUUGGAGGUACAAAUUCGGUGUUCCACUUCGCUAAUCAUCAUCAAUUCACAUUCCUCUGCUCCUCUUUCCAACAGUCGUCUCCGCAUUUCUCCACACAACAGUUCGGAGCACAAUUGAUAGCCCUUGCACCGCUUCAAUCGGUCUUCUUCUCUCGCCGGAUCCUGCUGAGUCAUCCACUAAUCCUUCUUUCCGCAAUCAUGACCGUCCCUCGAUCCGCUCUUCUCCUCGUUGCUCUCGUGGGCUUGGCCGUUGUCUGCUCGGCUCAAACUCCCGCGCCCAAAACAACAACUGCGCCCAAGACCGCGGGGGCGCCGGCCGCGCCGCUGACGCCGUUCGACGAGGCCAUUCAGAAGCUCAACAAAUCCGGAUUUACUAGCUUCGUCUCCCUUGUCAACGCCUACGGCAAGAUGAAGGAGGUCAAGGCGGCUCUCUCCAAGCCUCUCACCAUGCUGGUGCCGUCGAAUGCGGCGAUCGGCAAGCUGCAAAUCACCAAGUACAAGUCAACAGAGUUGAUGGUGGUCGUCGGAUUCUCCGCCUUCAAGAAAGUCAUCCCCGCCGACGCUCUCAAGAGCCUGCCCGAGGGGAGCAACAUCACGACGCUCGCGAGCACCAAGGCGGGCAAGCCAAUGACACUUCAGAAGCUGGCGAACAACAAGAAGGGGCAGGUGGUGCUGCAGGGGAAGAAGGGCAGCACGAUGGCUAUUACGAAGCUUAACUUCUACGUCAAGCCCGGCAAGCUCGUCGUGCAUACCACGGAUGCUGUUGCCUUCCCCACCACGCUCCAGGGCAAGUAG